AUGACGUCUGAGGAAAGGCAAAAAGCAGUUCUAAAUAGUCGCAGUUGCUUUUUAUGUUUAGACAGAAAACAUGUAAUAGCUAAAUGUAAAAAACGAACAUCGUGUGUGAUUUGUGGGAAGAAACACCACAUACUUUUAUGUAGAAAUAUCCAAGCUGAAUCAAAAUCUCCAGUUCCUGUUAGCAUGAAUAAGGAUGAAAAUACGGAUGCAGUACCUGAACGAGAUGAAACCCUCGCCAAUUUGGCGAGAACAACAAAUGUGUUUUUGCAAACUUUAACGGUUACAUUGAAAGGGCGAGAUAGAAAGCGCCAGGCCCGUGCUAUUAUCGAUUCAGCUUCACAAAGAUCUUAUAUUUUAAAAAGCACUGCAGAUGAAAUGAAAUUUGAGAGUACAUCUAAAGAAAGAUUGAGCCAUUCAUUAUUUGGCGGGUCAUGUACUGAUGUCAUAAACCACGAUGUUUUUACAGUGUUCUUGUCUAAAACGGAUGGAACUUAUCAUUGUAACUUCAAAGCUCUUAGCCAAGAUAUUAUUUGUGGAAGUAUACCACCAGUUGCUAAUGGCGAGUGGAUUCAAGAGCUUAAAGAGAACAAUAUUUCCGUAUGCGACGAUAGUAAUGGACCAAUAGAAAUACUUAUUGGCGCUGACAUUGCAGGCAAGUUGAUGACCGGAGGAUUUAAAUUGCUUACUUCAGGCCUUGCUGCUAUAGAAACAAAACUUGGUUGGACUCUUUUUGGGAAAAAUGGUAUGCGUGAGAUCUCGGACAAUUCCGCACUGCUCGUCACAUCCAUGUUGAAUAAGGAAAUAUUGAUAUCCGAUCUAUGGUCUCUAGAUUCACUUGGAAUUCUAGAUCCAUCAGAGAAGAAAAGUAAACUGGAACUUCAAGAAGAAGCAAGAGAUCAUUUCUUGUCUACUGUAAAGGUGAACGAAGAGGGACGUUUUCAAGUCAGCUUGCCAUGGCUUGAUAACCAUCUACCGUUAAAAGAUAACUAUGACUUAGCUGUAAAGAGAUUAGCUUCUACAGUAAAACGACUAAAAGCUGAGAAACUUUAUGAUGCUUAUGGAGAAGUUUUUAGUGAAUGGGAACAAGAAGGCAUCAUAGAAGAAGUACCAAAAAGCGAAAUUGAUGUAACAUGCCAUUAUCUACCACAUCGACACGUAGUAAAAGAAAACAGUACUACACGAAUCAGGCCAGUGUUUGAUGCCUCGGCCAAACAAAAAGGAUCCCUAGUCUCAAUGAUUGUCUAG